AUGAACCAUCAAGCCCACCACUAUACGUACUCCACUCCCAUAAUGUCCUCGAUGGCACCAGUCGACACAAGUCAGUACCCCACCGCCGCCAGACAGACCUCAAGAGUAUCAUCCAGCUCAACGACCGAGUUCAGAGGAAGCACAAACCCGGAUGAGGACUGGACAAAGAUCUCAGAUCUUGCUGAGCGCAGACGGAUACAGAACCGCAUUGCUCAGCGCAACUACCGCAAGAAGUUGAAGCGCCGUCUCGAAGACCUUGAGCGCAGAGCUGCUUCUCGCUCCCUCUCGCCCAACGGUGAAGACACAGAUGGCCGCUCAACCCGCGAGUCCUCAGCUGAGCAGGCGCUGGUGUCGUCUCCUCCACUUACAGGUCUUAUGGACAACAGCGAGCACGAUCACAGAGGCGUCUACCUUCCGCCCUUGAGCUCGUAUACUACCUCUUCCUCCUCCGCAUACCCAACUCAGUACAGGAGUGCCGCCAGCAGCAACAAUUCAAAUUCGUACUCAUCUUCGUCGCCGGUGCCUUACUACCCUUCUGCAGCUGGCAUGUCGAGUGAAUCAUCACUGGACUACCACUCAUCAAAUAGCCAGUACAUCUACUCUUCAUACUCAUCACCCCCUGCGAUGUCCUCGGUCGUGGAUUCAACUUGCAACGCGGAUCAGUCAUAUCUUCCGUUGCCGUCGACAAAGAUCCCGUCCACCUACCUCAGCGACUACAUGACUCCCAAGUCAAGCUCAAUGUGCUUUGACGAGACGACCAUGAGCCCGUUUUCGCUCAGUUACGCGGGUCUUGCUGAAUCUCCAGAUCCAUCAUUCUUCUCUACCCAGUACUACUACGAUGACCACUCAAGUCCUGCGCACUCACAUGCCUCAAAUUCGCCGCCGCUCAUGAUCAAGCAGGAGCAUUUGUAA